AGGAAGUGCUCCCUCGCCGACGGAUCGCGAGAGAGAAAAGGUGGGGGAUCGCUCGUUCUCGUCGUCGCUACACCGUCGAGAGGGGUGGCUAGUGGAAAAGCGAAAGAGGGGCGUCGACGAGCAUGGAUAUGGGUCACUCGGCGAUCGAUGCCGAUAGAGAGUGUCGCUGCGUUCUUCGAACUCCCUUUCGAUCCCUUACGUCAUUUUCUCUUCCUCUCUUUCUUUUAUCUCAUCUUCUUUUUUUCCCCCACGCCCUCCUACCUAUUUAACUUUCGCACUUUCUCGUGCGUUAAUUUUCUUUUUUCUUUUCUGUUUUUUUUCAAGUAUCAUCGAAUAAGACUAUACAGAAGCCCUGAUUUUCAGUCCUUUCUCAUCUUUUGCUCCCUCUCCCCAAACAUGACGGUACUACUUUACUAUCACCUUAUAGUUUCAUAAACGUGCGACAUCCGGCUGGUUUACUGACUUAACAGAGUGCUUCCGUACGCAUCUACGCGAGGGUGUAGCUUUCACAAAAGACCAAUCAAUACGCGCGAGACGAUCUACCGAUAUCUCGCCCUCGCCAUUGCCCUCUCGCUACCCUCGUCCUCGAUCUCUCUUUCUCUCUCUGUUACAUAUACACAACGCAUACACGUGCGCGCGCUUACACAGCUACCUAGCGGUGCUAUUGGUCUGUUCCCCCCUCUCAUUUCCUACUUUUUCACCCCACUCUUACUCUAUCAUCCAUUUUCACAACCUAUUCCCUCUCUCUCUCUCUCUCUCUCUCUCUCUCUUUUUCUCUAUCUAUAUUUCUUCCCGUUCCAAUCUCUUCCCUUUUUCCCGAAAUAUCAUUCUUUCUUUCAUACAUCUUUUGCAGCAAGAGAAUCGCUGCGAAAUGAGAGACGUGAUACGAGAAUAAGUGCCGACGAGUCACUAAACCUAUCGCCGAUAAUAAUUAAGAGGUAGACGAAAAUUCAUUAGUCGACGAAUUCCUCCUCGUCCUUCUCCCCCGGUGGCCCAUUUGCUAUCUCGUUCAUCGUAGUAAUUCGGAAUAAUCGUUGUUGAGGAAGUCAGGGCCGUAUAUUAUUUUCAAUGUAUAUGCCCCGACGAAUAAUGUCUAUCGUAUUCUAAAAAUAUUUUCCAUUUUUUCGUAUAUUAUAAAUGCCUAUGUUUUUAGCGAUCAAUUACAUUGAUAAUGAUCGUAUUUAAAAACGAAUUGGUUAUCUCGUUUCUAUUUUUACGUAUAACCGUGGAACGUGCUUUUUGAGAAGCGGCACACGAUUUCUCAGGCUAGGGAAAAUAGGGGAAAAAGAGAGAACAGUGUUCUAAUUACGGCACUGCUUCGGGCGCAGGCGUUUCGAUGAUCCGACGACGUCACAAGGUUUCUCUCUCUCUCUCUCUCUCUUUCUCUCUUGUUCUUACAAACACACACACAUACACAGGUAUGGUCUGUUAUACGCUUAUCAAUGAACGUACGACGCCUACGGCAAAUACCUGUUCCCUCUAGUGGUGAACCGGCCGACCCACCCGUUAGCCUUGUCACUACUCUCGAUUCCCGUAGCACCCUUGCUUUUCUUCCUUCUUCUUUCUCUCUUUCUUUUCCUCUUUCGUCAUCAUUGGUUUCACUACGACAAUACGAAUCACGAUGCCUUCUGAUCUUUCAACCGAUGAUCGACGAUAAAUCAAGCUUCGUCAAUGUUAAACGACGUUCCCGGCGAUGAUAAAGAAGAAAUAGAUAAUCAUUUUUUUGCCACCACUUUGUGCCUGUAACAAAGAAUGAAACUCGGACAUACGAUCGAGGAUUCAAGAAAAAAGUAUCCCGAACUUACGGAAGAACUUUUGGGAAAGUUGAAAGAAUGGAUUCAACAACGCAAUCUUCCUAAUGUUCCACAAGAACAAUUGGCAAUCUUUGCACAGAGUUGCUAUUUUCAAACGGAUGCUACAUUACGAUGCAUGGAAACUUAUUACAGAAUAAGAACAAACAGUCCGGAGUUCUUUAACAAUCGUGAUAUUAAAUUAGAAAACUUGCAAUUUUCCUUGAAAGUACUAGAAUUUGUAAAGCUACCUGUACCGGAUCCCAAUGGAUAUAGUAUCAUUUUUCAUCGAUUAGCAGAUACUAGAGCAAGUAAAUAUUUCUUGAACGAUGCUAUGAAAUUAAUGAUGAUGACUGUGGAUGGGAAUCUUUACAACGAUGGCUGUUCUCCCGGUUAUGUUUUUCUUCUCGACAUGGCCGGUGUAAAUAUAGCCCAUUUAACGAGAAUUUCCAUCGGCAGUAUUCGAAAAUUUAUUGAAUACGUACAAGAAGGAAUGCCGGUUAGAUUGAAAGCGAUUCACAUCAUAAACGUAGUCGGUUUCAUGGAUAAAAUUCUCUCGAUCGUAAAGCCGUUUAUGAAUAAAGAAAUUCUUGAAUUGUUACACUUACAUACUGGCGAAGUAUCGGAAAUUUACAAACAUAUACCUCCCAAGUGUCUCCCAAAAGAUUAUGGAGGAGAAUUAGACUGCAUUGAAGCACUUCAUGAACAUACACGUAAACUGGAACAAUUAAGAGACUAUUUCCUUGAGGAAGAGACUAUUCGUCAAAACUAUAAUACCUCGUAAACGAAAGAGCAAUAAAUAAUAAUGUUAUAACGGGUUAAUGAUAAUAAAGAAAUUUGAAAAAAGAGAAAAAAGAAAGAAUAUCACGCAAAAAGUUUUAUCAUCGAAGACAAUUGUUUGUCAAACUAGUACGAUAUAAAGAGGGUAAAAGAUAAAUAUACACAAUUAUAUAUAUAUACACAUAUAUAAUAUAUACCUUCAAUGUAUUAUCUCUUAUUUU